GCGCUAAGAUGGCGGCGUUGUGCGAGGGGUUCACGCUGUGCGGGUUGGGGCCUAGCGGCGGCGGCGUAGGGCUGGGCGCGGGGGUGCUGGCGCUGGAGCCGGGCCCCGACUCCGACCACGUCCUGCUCACCGACCGCGGCAGGACGGCCACGCUCUUCAAGGUUUCAGAUCAGAAGCCAUUAGGUUGUUGGUCAGUUAAACAUGGACAAAUUAUCACAUGUCCAGUUGUAUGCAACUUUGAAACUCAUGAAUAUAUUGCUGUUCAUGAUGACAAGGUUUUAAGAAUAUGGAAGGAUGAAGAUGUUAACUUGGACAAAGUAUUUAAAGCCACACUUUCAGCUGAUGUAUACAGGAUACAUUCACUACCCCACGGGGAGCCAUUGGUACUAUUCAAAGGAGGUGAUGUUCGAACUUUAGAUGUCCUUUUGGAAGCCCCUCAACAAGAAAUUCAGAACUUUAUUUCAGAUGAAGUCAUUAAGUGGAGUGAAGCUUUUCUGGAAGGUCAAGAACCCAUCUUAAUUUUUGCUACUGAGAAAGAUGGAGAUUAUUUUAUCUACAUACAGAAAUUUAAGCUGAAUAUUCUAUGCAAAUACAAGCUUGAACAACAGGAAUUAUCUAAUCCACUGAGUUUCACGGCAUAUAUAGAAAAUCAAAUCGUCACACUUCUGUGUUUGUAUUCAAAUGACUCUGUCUAUAAGGUUCUGAUACCUCUGCAGCAACACAGUGAAGAGCAAAUUUUGUCAAAGUCACUACUGCUCAAACUUUCAGUAUCUGGAAGUGUUCUAAAAGGAACUUCCUUUGCUGUUCUUGAUAAAGACCAUGUUGCAGUAUUAGGAAGUCUAACAGCAUUUGGUGAAGAAUCUAAAGAGUGCCUAACAGUAUGGAAUACAAAAUUUCAAACAUUACAAACUUCAAAGGAAUUGCCCCUGGGAACCAGUGGACAAUUGUGGUGUUACGGGGAAAAAUUUUUUUUUACUCAUGGAAAAGUGCUUACAGUAAUUGUAUACAAGUGUGAAACUUCAUCCUUGGCAGCUGCAGUGGGAAAGCUCAAAGACAGUCAAACCUCUGAUGUGUCUUCAUUUACAAACUGGAAUACCCUUAGCGAUGAAGAGCUAGUGGUUUCCCUUCAGUCACAGCAAUCCGUAGUUCUAAAAUCUGAAUCCAAAAUGACUUUAAGAUCAAGGAGGAAUAGUGUUGCUAAGGUUCAGCCAGAUACCUUAACAGUUGGGCAGCUGUUACUAGAUAUAAAAGACUCUUCUCCAGCUGCAAUUGAAGAUGAAUUGAAACAAUGGUUGUCAAAAGCACAGAUGCCAGAUUUCCAGGCUACCAUUGGAUGUGUGAUAACUGCUCUUACAAACAGAUGUAAAAUAGAUCCAAUGUUCUACCCUCGAAACUUCCUGGUACAGCUGAUCCAAAAACAAGAGUUCUCUUACAGUUUAUGCCCGAACUUAAUGACUGUUGCUUUGGAGAAAAAAGAUAUGCAUCUCUUACAAAUCUGCCUACAACGGUUCCCAGAUAUUCCUGAAGAAAUUACUUAUGCUUGCUUGAAAGUAUUUUUAAGCAUUAGUGAUGACUAUCUUGAAAGUACAGAUGUGAAUCUGGACUCUGUAAUCUGUUAUAUUGAUAUUGAACCCAACAAUAAAGAAGUUAAAACUGAAAUUGUGGAGAAUGGUUUCAAUACUGAACUGGAGGAGGACAGCUGUACGUUCACAAAGGAAACCCAUUUGAAGAAUGAUGGUGAAUUCUGCCCUGUUGGACCACAAAAGGCUGCAUUAUUAAAUGCUGUUCUCCAUUCAGCUUACAGUGAAACAUUUCUUCUGCCUCACCUGAAAGACCUUCCAGCUCAGCAAGCUGUUCUGUUUCUCAGGUAUUUACACUACCUGUAUGUGAAAAGCAGUGAAAAAAUUACUACCACUCUUCCUGGUGUGCUUUCUCCAACCAUAAAUCAGAUCAUGGAUUGGAUGUGCCUGCUACUUGAUGCUCACUUCACAGUUAUGGUGGUGCUACCAGAAGCGAAAGGAUUGCUUUCUAGCCUGCAUAAGUUCGUGAGAGCCCAAGUACGAUUCUACUCUGAACUCAACAAGAUUGAAGGAAGUUUGCUAGAGCUACAAAGACUUAAACGCCAGAAAGAGACUCAGACAUAUUCUAUUGAAGUGCUGGAACUUAUUUGAAUUUGAAAUGAGUUAUUAACAAACUUAUUUUUUAUUGAUUCCUUUUAUGACAAGGAUGUAUUAGCACUCCAUAUUGGGGAUAUGAAGAGCUGAGUUUUCUACACAGGGAGAGCAUGGUUACUCUGUAGCCACAGGGGGAGUUGUAAGUUUAAUGUAUUAAAAACUUUUUCCACUGGACAAGAUACUCGACGCAUUUUUUUUCAUGUAUAAUUUUGAUAUGUAAUCACAGGAAUAUCCUAAAAUGCCACAUGAUCCUUUGUGAAUGGAUUAUGUAAGAGUAGGAUAAUUGCAAUAAGACUUAAAACAUGCCUCAUAAAAUUAAUUGGCACUUUUUUUCUGUGUGAGAACUGUUCAACUGUAUAAGGUUACUGCAUAAGUUUCUCUCAGUGCUUCUCUAAUUCUGGAGUGGCAGUACAGUAGCAAUUGGAUCUGUUAAGCACAGCUGCAAAUUACUAUUUCCUAAAUGGUAAUUUAGGAAUCAAUAGAAGGCAGAUUAACCUUUUCCAAAAGGCAGUGUAGACUUAGAACAGAUUUUAAAAUGCUAGAUGCAAAUAGAAGUUUAGCUCAGUUGGUUAGAGCAUGGUGUUCAUAAUGCCAAGGUUGUGGAUUCAAUCCCCGUAUGAGCUACUCAUCUGAAGAUUGGACUAGAUGAUCUCUAGAGGUCCCUUCCAGCCUUACCAAUUCUGUGAUACUCUAUGAUACUCCUUUCUUCAGUAAGUGGAAAAUAGCCUAUCCUUUACAACUGAGAGCUUUUUUUCUUAUUACUAAAAAUCUGAAUAAGAUUUCGCCCUUCCAUUCAGAUAAGGGAAAUGAAAAGGGAAGAUGCAUAUAAAGAGGUCAAUUAACUACAGCAUACUGAACUUAGGUGAUAUAAACUACUGCAAUGUGCUUCUUUUUCAGCUACUGAUUAGUUGAAAUGUCUGAUAAUAUUCUUCAGAGUUAUCCACUCAGUUAUGCACUAUAGGUGAAACUUAUUUCAGUCUGUUGCUUUGAUUUCCUAUUUUUAAUUGUUUUCACUUUGUCUAAAGAAGCCUUUGGCAUUUACAAUCUUUCUUAUAGAGAAAGGAGCUUAAUCAUGGGUUGUUAACACACUUGCACUGUUUUCUCUCUCCUAGACAUUAUGGUACCACAACUUUUUUUUUGCCAUUCUGUGCCUUUUACUUUUCCAGUCCAACCUUGUCCUCUUGCAGGGAAGUUGGGAGUGUGUGAGGUUUGUGUGGUGGCUAGCAGUAAAGAGCCCUGUGCCUUAAUAAUCUAUAGUUAUUUUGAUAUCUGAUAAGACCACUUGCAUCUAGAAGUUGCCUACAGUGACAGAGAAGGAAGAGGUGUAAGGCAGGAAGUAGAUUCCUUCCACAAAUGAAGAAGCAAAAUGCAGUUACUUAAUAUGAUAGCUUGUUACAAUUUCUAUCUCAGAGGUUGCCUUCAGCUGAAGGAAAGACUCCUCUUAAGCAGAAAGACCACUUUACAGGAGCGUGCUCUGCUGCACAGAUUUGAGAAUGGAGUUACUGGAUUACAGCAUAAUUAGCUCUACUUUAAGACUUCUGCUUUAGAAACUUCUGAAGCUUUCUGAUGUUGAGAGAUCUCAUCCAAGAUAGUUUAGGCUCUUAAAAUAUGAAAUUUUGCCAGUGUUCAAUUUGAAGCUUAGAAAUAAGGUAAAAUUUAAUGCAAUGGACUGUGAAUUUAGUUUGACAUGUUUUUAAGCUGACCAUACUACUGGUAAAAGGAGUUACCGUUUUUGCUUCCUGAGCGGUGCUGGCAGAACAUCCUUUGCCUGUUAAGUUACAACAGAGAAUGAUCUAGCUAGAAAUAGCUUUUUAUGUGAUUUUUUUUUUUCCUAUGGGCAUGCUGACUUGUGUGUAUGUAACAGGACACUGAGGAGACAUCCAGUUUGAUUUGGAGCAGAUUGCUGGAAAUCAUUGUUUGAAUAAAUGCACUUUUAACAUUUGUAAGGUUAAGUUUGCCUGACAAUGAACAAUAGUGGUUUUCUGGCAUUUUCUUUAGCAAGAGCUAGAACAUGAAACUAUGAUGGUUGAAGUGCUAGGUGCAUAUCCUACUGGACUUUGGCUGUAUAAUUUUGAAGCAGUUGCACACAGUUAAAGGCCUUAAGACUUGGGAAAAUAACACUUCUGUUGUAUACGCCACUUAGCAGAGGUCAGUACUAGGAAAAAAGUUUUAUGUGGGAAAACCCUACAAUGAACAGCUGAGGAAUAACAUAGAGUAGUACUUGGCACUGGCAGAAGCAGCUCAAAUUUUCUGAGCAAGAGGACUUAACCUCCUAAUUAAAACUAUAUUCUUAGUUACGUGUGUGUCUGUUUUCUUAACUACUUUUUCAAAGGGUGAAUGCCUUAAUUUCUGUAAAGUUAACCUUUUCAUACUUGUUUUAUACAGCUUGAGUUUUGUGCAUGUGGAGAACUUAAACAUUCCAAAAUUUUGUGUUGGUUUUAGAUUAGGAUUUUACUUUUGACUAAUCUCAAAAAUAAUUUUAUGAAUGAAACAUUUGUUGACAGUAUUACAGGUAUAAGUAUGUAUGGAAUUGUACUCCUAUCAGGCGUUCACUUGCAAGACUUCUUACAAGCUAGUUGUGGGACUGAACAUUCAUGUGAAUGACAGCUGCAGACAGGUGAAAGUGGGACAGAUGAGCAUAAUGCUAGGUCUCUUGAGGCCCAGCAUUUAUAUUUGUAAAAAGUGUGAUUGAAUAUUAAUAUAAUUCAGCAUAUUGGUAUGUUGAGACAGUUUAUGUAUUUUGUAAUAUUAAAUAAAAUUAUAAUCACGUUA